AUGGAACAUUUGGAUGCUAGUCAAACAUGGUUGGCCUACUGGAUGGUUCAUGCCCUCCGACUGCUCAAUUUCCGAAUAUCUGACGCUCGAAAGCGCGACAUAAUUUCACUUUUAAAGAGCUGUCAGGUUGGUUUCCCCCUGUAUUAAAUUUUUCCAUUAUUUGUUUCCCAAACUUUCGGAAACAAACAGGCUCUCUGACAAUCUAUCUAUUCAGUAAUUACAUUAAUCAUACACGUUGAUCCUACACGAGGCAACCAGUUAAGACACAUUUAAAAAGUUAGCAAAGAAACUAAUACAUGACCGAAAGACAUUGAAACCGCCAGGUAAAGUCGGGUAGGCCAAUUCUGGCUCUAGUCAACCGAUCAAUACGUGAAAUUUGCAAGAAUAGAAUCACUGCUGUUGAUCCUCUCCUUACCAAAUAGGCUAGAUAACAUGAAUUAGUAAUCGGAAAUGGCUCCUUAAGGCGCUCCAAGUUUAUCGUAAACCUAUAAGCUUGGUUUUAAAAUCGAUACGGUAUUAAAUUUUUUAAAUUACUUGAAGAAAUUUGGUAGGGGUUCUAAUCUCGGUACCUAGUUUUGGUGUCUAAAAACAGAAAAAGACACGCCUUCGAUUUAGGACUUAAAAGUGCUGCACCUUUUCGAGGAACAAUGAUUAGCUACCGUCGUAGUUCGUACGUAUCUACCAAAAUUCAUGAUGGCAAAUAGAAGUCUUGGCGGUUUGUAUCUUCCCGAUCAUCUUCAACGUUAUUACACAUAGUUGUCUUUGCAUAUAAGGCUAUGAUUUGUUUUUUAUCUUACUCUAGUGUCGUUUCUUUGCACUACUCCUGUUGAAAAUAUAAGACGCACGCCACUACCGACCUUUCCUCUUGAACCCAAAAUAUAACAUGCAAGACGCCUCUGUUACACAAAACGUCGACAACCCGUCACUUUCUAGGCCUUGAGCGCAGAAAUCCGGUCUUGUUUUACGACCCGAGUAGACGGAAAAGGCGGUAGCCAAUGGUCAUCAUUGUAGUCACUAGUUUAUAGGGCGCCUGAAAAGACUGCUUAAUUCACCCAGCGGCACCGCAGUGACUGGACCAGCAGACGUAUCCUGUAGUUGUUUGUCCAGGCGACUCGGACCAGGUCUCACGAUGAUGACUUCUUCCGCAAGCUCCAGAAAAUGAGGACAAAGUCGGUUAGCAAUGGUUAGCAGAAAUAUAGGCUGAAACUGCGACCUCUAUGGAGCAGGCCUCAAACGUUAGGAACACUCGGAAGCUCUGGCAAAUUAUCCGGUAGGCUAGUGAGAGGCCCUCGACACUUAGUGACUCUGCUCAGGAUAUUAAAGGCGGCAUCAUCGCUGACAACUUGGUCAAGGUGGACCUCUUCCGUGAGCACUUCGAGCACCUUCUGAACUUCGGUGAGCAACCCAUCACACUCUCUCUCCUUCGCAGCGGAGUUUUAUACCUCCUGUCUAUGUCGUGUCAUGCGACCCCCCUCAGAAGGGGAAUCGUCGGUGUAAUACAGAGACUGCACAACAAGGCAUCCCGAAAGGACGAUAUUCCCGCUGACAUCGGCAAGUCCUGUGUGGAACACUGAUGCUCUGGCUUCACGAGGUAUUUAUUGAAGCGUUGGAAGACGAGAUCGUUCCUGAUGACUGGGACUCAGGCAUCCUUAUACCUGUCUUCAAUAAGGGAGACGACGAAGUACGAGAACUACCACGACAAAAGCCUAAUCGACGUUGUAGUGCGUAACCUUGGGACGAGGGUCGAACAAGCCAGAGUCCGAGCUGGUCGUGGAUGCGCGGACCAGAUGUUCACGAUGAGCCACAUUUUUGGAUUUCGCCAUAGCUACUAGCAACCGACGGCCUUGUGUUUUGUUGAUUUCGUUGCUGCGUUCAAUUCCGUUCGUUUUGAGCCCUGUGGCUGAUAAUGGAAAUGGACGAUAUGCUGGCCAAAAUCAUCGGUAUGGUCAAGGCGCAUUGUGGCUCCACAACUUCGCGAGUUCUCGUCCAUAACAAUAUCUCCCAACCGUUCGAUAUCCGAUUUGGCGGUCGACAAGGUUAUGUCCUGUGGCCCAUUCUGCUCAGCUACGCCAUUGACCGGGUUCUCGAAGAGACCCUUCAUGGAGUCGACGGUGCGGAGUUUGCACCCCGACGCUGGCUGACCGAUCUCGACUACGCUGAUGAUAUUCCCUACCAACCUCAGGUUUUGGCAAACUGCACUCUGUAGUGUCAGGGGUGAAUAAGGUCACUAAAUUCGUGGGUUUAUCCAUAAGCGCCGGGAAGACCAACGCGUUUUCGAGUUGCACCCCUGAUUAGGCGAAGACAUUCCUCGGAAUUAAUGACUGUCAAUCUGCGGAAGGCGACGGUUUUAAAUACUUCAGGCGAGGCUGCCGCCGAUUGAAUAAAGUAAAGACAUUGUUUCCCGAAUGGAUGCUGCUCGCAGGGUUUUCACAGUCCUUGGAAUGUAUCUGUUCACUCGACGCGACGUCUCAAUCGUCAGAGAGAUCUGCAUGUGUCGUAUUUCCGUCCGGCCAGUUCUCCAUACGGUUGCGAGGGCUGUACUGUGCGUGUGGAAAGUGAGUGUAAACUGGAGGUGUUUGACCACUGUUGCCUGAGGACCAUCCAAAUGAAGUACACCGACCUCAUCUUAAAUGAGGCGGUCCUCACUCGUCGCGACAUCGGAGGCUAUCUCAGACUCCCCAGGAAAAACUAUUGAGAUGAUUUAGGCAUGGUCCUCGUCGUCUCACGAUCCCGGUGUUACUGCUCUUGAUCCUGCGCAGCUGCCCAGCCAGAGGCCUCGAAUACGAGGUCAACUUCAAACAGCUCGUCAAGACAUGAAUGUGGUUCUUGUACCUUCCUUAUUCGGCAUCCGUCGUUGGGGAAGAGAAUGGCUUGAGCUGUCCAGAUCCGCUGUCGCAGAUUGCCACGCGUCGGAACUAUAGUUCGUGUCAUAGUUGAGGCUAGCUAAAUCAGGCAUGAUCACAGCUGUUCCGAAUAGGAGUAAAAGCUGCACCACCCUGGUAAAUACCUCGUUUGGUGGCCGAAGGCAAAUGGGAGUAGUCGGUGUGUCGUCCACGCCCCUGGAUUUGUGCUUGAAGCAUGAUUCAGUUGUUACAGACACUAAGCUUUUUGCAGUCGGUCACUACAUUGAAUACCUUAUCAAUUCGUUGAUCAGGUCUUACCAUUUGAGCUCUGUCGAUAUGUAACGAGGAAGUGAAGAACUUGAUGUGUUACUGUUGCUCCCAAUAAUCUAGUUUGCACGCAGACCAACACUGCUUUCCAGGGUUAGUGGCGGUCAGCGCAUACUCGAUGAACUAAGUAUCUUCGAUACAGCGUUCAGCUAGGCCUAUCCUACCUCGGAACGUAGAUUUACCAUAAGGCAGAUCAAAGGGGUGCACUUAAUUGUGAAGUACCUCACUCAAGGUAUUUUCAUUCCCUUUAGCGGCUACAUUCAGAAAGUGGACGUAUGAGGCUUUGAUGCCGUCCUGUUUCGAAUUUAUAUUUUCGAAGGUCAACCUUUUUACAUCAAUUAUCGGAAUUUCGGCGAACUACCUCAUAUAAGAUGGUCUUGUGAAAUUCGAUUAAGUGUAGAUAUCAUUUGGCCCAUAAUUAACUGUCUGCUUUUAUCUUGCCUUUUGGGAGCACUGAAUAGGCCUGGCAUGGGACUGACAUCUGUAUUUAAUAUAUUACUUGGCUCUAAGCGCUCAGUGAUCACAUUUUGAAAGAGGUUCAAGUGCCCUAGGGCCGUCUUUCCCAAUUGAACCACAUGACUCAAGAAUAGGUAAAGGACGCUUUCACAAAGACUGCCUUCUUUUUCCCUCCACUAUUUUUUCACAUUUGCAAGUCUCAGGUUAUAUUCUGGCGGGUGUCAAUUUUGAGCACCACCCUAGCUCAGGUUAGCUGGUCGUUGACUGCGACAGACAGCCGGUACAGACAGUAAUUUCAACAAGUAGGACAUUUAAUAAGACAGAUUGUGUGAUGCUGGAUGUUCAUCCAGUGGGGAAACAUUUGCUCCGGGACAGCCUUUUACCCACGACGCCUCGAUCCACUUUGGCUGCGCUGCCAUCUAUGCGAAUAAAAUUCAGCCCCAAACGAGUCUAUAUGUCAGAUGGAGGGUCUGUUUUGCCUGAACUUGCGUACGUUACCUCUUAUACACCGAAGCCUCGUAAUACGUGAGAUGUUCGACCUUCUCCAACGUCUUUUAGAACUGUGGCCCUCUAUGAUUGCAGACUAUAAGAAGUGGAGAGUACAUGGGAAGCUUUUAACAAUAUUUUGGAGACACCAACUCGCGUCUGAAAAGAGUAGUCUGACCGUGUGAAAAUAGCAGGAAAUUUACCGUUACAGAGCUACGUUCUGUUUGCAACGAAUUUAUGUGUUUUUCCUGUGGUCACCCAUUCCAAUCAUCACAGCCGGUAUGCCUAGGGAGACUGUGGAUUAUUUUUUCCAUUGUCGAGAGCGGGCGAGAGUAAAGGCCAUCAGUAAAGUAGUAAUUCAUCAGUCAUCUGUCGACCUCACCACUUUCUUCGAUUUACUGCUAACAACCAUGGUCCUAAUGAUCCGAGUAGCUGUAAGUAAUUCUUGUAUAUGGUUUAGACGACUGCGUCCUGCACGACUGAUUUCGUGUGUGUGAUGUGUUGAUCAAUUGCACAGUACGCAGAGCAAUGUGACACUCGUCUCAUCGUUAUCAACUGCGUACGCUCCCAUCCCUGACAUGCUGGCUAUGGGAAACAAUUUUCGACAGUUCCUAGAGGAUUGGCAUGAUGCUGCUGUGGGUUAUUGCUUAGUUGGUUACUGUUAUAUUUCCUUUGAAAAUCCGCUUUCCAGUCAUUGAUUCUCUAACCACGCUACUAUUCUGCGAAUCGACUUUAAAAUCUGCACAGCAAGACCACUAUAUGCCGGACGUUUCGGUUUCACGCUUAAAGCCACCCUCCAAGACAAUAAGGACGCACUUUGACUGCGGUGUUUCCGAGGCCUGUUUGUUACGCUACCGCAAACCUAUCACGUUUAAUGUCGGCUGAUUUUAUAGGCUUGUAGGAACUAGGUCGGGACUGCCUGUGUGUAAUUUUGCGUGUUGGAUGCGUGCUUGGGUGAAUAUUGUGUGACCUUACGCUGACGAACAUACUUUGCUGCACAUACAUUGUCGGAAAUUAUGCACAAAAAUGUAGCACAGGCGGCGCCAACUGGGUCUGGUAGUGCAGACAGGAUUAUGUUGGUAAGAAGUACAUAUACGCAGUCGAACGUAUCGAUAGACUUGGUGGGUACUUCUGCUUCACCCCGGAGAGGGCGCCAUUCAACCCUGUAGGCGGCCUAGCUAAUUCGGGUCGUUUUCCCACUAACCAAAAGUCAUGACCAAUAGUGGGAUUCGGCAGCUGCCUGGGAUGACUGCGCCGCCCUAUUAGAGGUAGUCCUGCUUACUCCCUCGUGGGAGAGGUGACUAUAAAAGGUGCUGGAAAAUUUGAUGGCAGAAAACGCAUCAGCAGGCUGACCGUGGUAUGUGAACGCAAAAUGAGGUCGAAAAACUACAAAAACAAUCCCCGUGCCUCCCCACUGGCUGCUACCGUGACACUGCUGACUCUGGCAGCCUGGAAUGCUUAUUCCCCUUUAAUUACUCUAAUGACAAACCGUCCGCAGAGAGAGCCAGCUCUGGUCGCUCGCGGACAGAUUCAUUACAAAGUGAACACUGUGGUUGUCCGUGAGGCUCAGUUCUUCUGAGACAAUCAGAAAAGCAUAGUAGAAAAGCACCGGGAACAGUCGCAAAGGCAGAUGAAGUCCAUAAGUGCGGCUCUCCACAACUCAUUAAAAAGCCUACUUCAUUCCAGGAGGUUUGGCGACAAGGGCAUAUCCCCAAAGACAUUAGGGGUACAAUCAUCAUGCACAUCUCUAAGCGCCGGUGAAACGACAACUACUUGGUGAUUACAGAAGCAUCUCCUUCCUCAGUAUUAAUGGGAUCAUCACCGCCUGUGUUCUACUUGUUCACCUGAAUGUGCAUAUGGAGCAGGGACUUCUUUUAGAAACGCAGUGCGGAUUCCAAAAACACCACGGAACCACUUAUGAUCUCGGUCCACCAACUCUGUCAAAGACCUUCGGCACAGUGAAUCGCGAUCGGCUCUGAGAAGUUAUCUUGAACUUCUGAUGUCCUGGACGCUUAACUCGAAUAAUGAGACAACUUCAGGUUGAUGAUUCGAGCCCCAGGGGCCGCGAAAACUUUGGGGUUGGGAAUGGCUGGCUGAUGAUAGCCAAUAAGCCAGAAGGGGCCAUUCCAGUCUCCCUUUUUUGUCGGCAGUCUAUUUCUGUGUAUAAUACUGGUCAUUAUGCGACUAACGGCGGGCCUCAGUAUCGACCCUCAGAAGCAUAACGGGGAGAGUGAAUCCCGUAACCGAUCGGUGAGCGCUCGCCUACCAUUGUUAAUAUUUCCCGUUCGAAAUUAAGAGGACAAAGAACCCGUAGUGCAGUGGUUAGAGCGCUGGACUUCGAACCAACAGAUCGUGGAUUCGGGCCUCCAGCGUUGCGAGAACCUGGGAUUGGGCGUGGCUGGCCUAUAACGGCUGACAAGCCAGAAGCGGUCAUUCGAGUCUCACUUGUCCUCUUCAGCAAUCUAUCCCUGUCACACAAGUGGGCCAACUGAAUUACCCAGAUCUGCCAAAAACAAAUAGUAAUUAUUCUGGUUUUUUGCCACCAAGAAACAGUUGGUAUACAACAAGUUAGAUGACGUAUGUGCCGUAAAAAUCUUCACUACCACAACUUCACAUGCAAGUCACCAUCGUGCUGUCCGUGGCAGUGGUGGUUCGUAUGGUUCGUGAUGGACGAGCUAUCGAUUAGCCUACCCAAUGUUUACAUCCUUGGACUCGUAUAUGUUUAAACUGCGUUCUCUCUAACAACAGUUUGGCAAGGUAUUGCCGCGGAUGGCGGGCCUUAUUCGCAAAUAUCCAGGCUAUUUAUGCAAGGAAAAUGAUAAUUAGUCUUCACUGCGCGUCUGCAGUGGGCAUACCUGGUGAAGCAGUGCCGUUAUGGGUAUUUCGCUUUUGAUUUCUCGUAUUUUUUUGUUGUGAUGUGUUCGUCUGCAUUUGGAGAUUGCAACUCUGAUCUUUACUGCCUGUAAAUCCGUGCAAGCGUUUAUCAGAAUCCCCGGUCAAUUACAACUCAUUCGAACGAAGUCUUCAGAUAUUUCUGUAGCCUUAUUUCUGUCUUCGACAACCUUGGCAGUAGACGCUGAUCUGACAUUCUCAUAAUGUGACUGAUCUGCCGAAUUCGGGUGUGCUUUCGCAUUGUAUACUAGUUGAGCGUGUACCAGUUGAUUCCUAGACAUAGGUAUUCAUGGAUCGCGUUUAUCCCGUAAGGUGGAAGCGGUUGAUUUCACGAACUGGGCACGGGUAGAUAGUCAAAAUUUCCCUACCGCUUAUGCAUAUGUCAGCAUCGCGGCCUAAAGUUUGGAGCCUACCAGAGACCCAACUAGUUUGGGAUGUCUGGACUGUGCAUUUUCUUAUAAAUUGCAGCUUUCCUCAAAGUAUGCUCACGAAAGAAGUAAUUUUUUUCUGCAGCUGUUGCGUGGACUUCGUAGUUAGCGCUUGUUGGUUAAUAACGAGUACCUUUUCGGAAUUGACAGACCAUCUAAGAUUUCCGCGCACAGGAACCAAGAGACCUCAGCUCCGAUUUUUGCAUAGUCUUGAACGCGAAGUAAUCGACGCAGAGGGUAUUUAACAUUGUUCUUGGAGAUCAAGGACUACACGUGUAGUGUAAGGUCUCAGUGCCGGAGCUCGUCCCGGUAAGCGCCUACCGGCACAGUAGUGAACCUGGAUCUGAAGAGGCACGGGGCAGCCGUACAACACAUUUAACUAAGUCUCUAAGGCUCAAAAUUCCUCGUUUCUUCUUAAGUUCACUAUCUAAUUGAAAAAGAGCGUUUUAAACCAGUCUGCCGCCUUGGCAAGGUAAAAUUCGCAAAUCCCUUCUCUUAGUAUGACUCCCUAGUUUCGACGCUAGGGGGCAUGACACCUGUAGUACAGGUUGCUUGUACCACCGGGAAGCCCUAUUGUUUUUCCUCUCUUCAUACUGUCUUCUGCGGCCAUUACAAAUGAGUAAAUUUAUUGCGUAGUAGUCUGUUGACACUCCUCCAACAGUAAGUGCUGUUUUCCAUUAUGAAAAAGUUUGUUUUUGUUCACAGUGAGGCAUUUGGAACAUGCAUUAAGCAGCAAGCUACUGUAAGGUCUCACCGGUCAUAUUUCCUAAUAACUUUAGACCCCAUUUAUCCUUCUAAUCAAUUUUACUUGUUUAUGAGUGAACCCUUGUCUUCUUUUCAGCACCCUGAUGGUGGAUUUGCCGGCGGUCCAAAACAGUUAGCCCAUUUGGCACCGACUUAUGGCGCCGUUAAUUGCCUGGCCUCCCUCGUUUGCACCGAUGCCCUAAAUGUUGUCGACAGACAAAAACUCGGUGAUUGGCUCCUAUCCCUGCAUCAACCGGACGGUUCCUUCGUCAUGCAUCACGGCGGUGAGGUUGAUGUGCGUGGGGCCUAUUGUGCCGUCUCCGUGGCUGCUCUGACCGGUCUGCUCAAAUCAAGGCCUGAAAUUUUCACAGGCACUGCUGAGUGGAUUGCCCGUUGUCAGGUAACUAGCCGCUGAUUACCUUCACUAUGAAUUACUACCAGGGUAAUUGUUGCCGGAAAUGCCGCUUGUGGCAGUGGAGUAAUUCUUACAUAGGUUGCACGAUAUACCUUUACCCGAUGGCACAGCAGGUACCAGCUAAAAGCCCAGACAAGCAUUUCGCCGACAUUCUGCCGCAGCAUGACACAGCCGCGAGGGGUUCGGCUCACCUGCGAGUCCUCCAGAGUCCCCUGUGUCCUUUAUGAUAAAUACCCCAGUUCUGAAAAUGCAGGCUUCUAGUUUCCUCAGAGGUUACUAGUUAGCUUAAAGUAAAUCGGCCUAUCUGAGACUUGUAGGCUCAUGAAAUUUUACUCUGAGCCUAUAAGAUUCAAAUAGGCUGAUUUACUUCUAGUUAGAGAUUAUUUUCUGAGGAAAGCUGCAGAACGAAUUUUCCACCCACUUCUCCUCUUUUCGCUGCAGACCUACGAGGGCGGAUUUGCCGGACAACCAGGUCUAGAAGCCCACGGUGGCUACUGUUUUUGCGCAUUCGCGGCCCUGCAUCUCCUCGGUAGGACCGACCUUGUCAAUGUUCCACGUCUUCUUCGAUGGUCGGCUCACAGACAACUACCGACUGAGGGCGGGUUUCAGGUUAGUGUGUACUCAUCAAAAAACACCAAAAUCCUUCGCUUUUAAAUAUAGAGGGAGGUUUUUGGCAGUUUUUUGCUCUCUUUAGAUGUUGACCUAAUUCGUUCACAGGGAUGUGCAAAGACAUUGCUACUUAUUUUGUUCAAGUAGCCACCGAAGUCCCAAUAUUUAGUAUCGAACGGGGUCUUUUCACCAGUCGCCAACCCGUCAAUAAUAUAGUGCUUUGUGUAUUCGGCAGAAAUUAUCCAAGUAACCUAGAGUAACAUCCUUAUGAUUGAGUUUGCUGCGUUUGGCCAAAUUUUUACAAAAGUCGCUGAUCUGAAUUCUAUUGAUUUUGGUGAAAUGACCGCCCAAUGCUCAGCAUUUCGUACACAUUAGAUUGAUCAGCUAUACUCCCAAAAACGAUACCAGUCAGAAGUCCAGAUGCGUGUUCGACUGAUCUGCGGCUGCUUCUACAUUUUCCGCUCUUCGGUGGAUCGCCCAACGUUCUCUAUGUAGUUUCUAGUACAGCUAUAGUUGGACAAGAACAUAUUGGGAGAAUUUCACAAGCCGCGGGGAGUAGCUGAUCUUAAGUUUGCUUGACCGGCGGUCUCCCAGGGCUAUCAUAGACGCCGUCGUGAUAUAGGCACAACCGCGGAAAAUCAGUGAAACCAUGUCCGGGAUUCUGGAUACAACGGUUGGGUCAAAUCAUAUUUCGUAGACGUACCUGCAGUAGACAAACCCCUAACCCUAACACCUGAUCCCAACCCCCAACGGGUACGGCUACGAAGUAGGAUCUUGCCAACGAUUGUUGGCAGAAUGGCGGACGAGGUUCCCACCCACAAGCUAGAUUUGUUAUUCUCAGAAUCAGCAUGUAUUUGAGUGUUUUAUCUGCACCAAGGAAAUACUCGUUUUGCUAACCUCUGCGGCCAAUUACAGUUGGCUACAACGACCGUUGCUGACGAGCAGCAUACGAUUGAUCGUAGCCAACCUCCGGCAUGCACAGUGAUCUAUUUACCUUUCUGUCAUAGUUUCCUUUUUCUUUACCAAUUCUGCCCUUUACAGGGACGCACUAACAAACUCGUUGACAGCUGCUACUCUUUUUGGGUGGGUGCGCUCUUUCCUCUGAUAGAAGACGUCCUGUGUACGCGAGGAGACCAAGCCCUAAACUUCGAAACUACCCUCUUCGAUGCCUCAGCUCUGCAGGUUAGUCCGUCUCUCUGGGCUUGUCGUGGGAAUCCUGAUCUCUUACAAUUAGACUCCCAGAGACCCAUGCUAUUUUCCAUCCUGUUUAGUGGACUUUGCUUUUGUGGUGCUAUUCAAAGCCAUUUAUCUACGGGGACCCUGAUGCAGCUCUAUACGGGUUUUGUCGGGCACCUGAUUUCGGCCGCAUAAUGCAUGCAGUAAGUGAGGUACCUCAUGAAGUGUGAUGUUCGCACGAAAAUCGCCAUCCUUUGGAAGCCGUCCAUCGCACAGUCUUCCAAUUAUUAUGACAUCGAAGAAAUGACCGUUCUUGAAAUGAAGGAGCAGUCUGGCAUAGAGCUUAUAUUUACCAACUGAGUCAAACACUCCUUGCAUUUAAACUCCCCUCAUUACCCGUUUGGACCUGGGUCAGGACUGUUGGAAGUAAUAAAAGUUGUUCUCUGACCACAGGCUGGGAAGCUGAUCGCUGUCUAGAAAGCAGAUUGUUUUGCUUAACGUUACCGGAAUCAGCCUUCGAUUGAGUAGUGAGCUAGAGAAUUACAGGGAAAAUUAUAGCAUCCAAUCGACGUAAAUGUGUGCCGUUAUAACCAAAAGCAUCAUUUACAACCAGCUGUCCGUCGGUGACGGCAAUUCGUUGAAUUUUACGGCCAUCAGAUUAUCAGGUGUCGGAAAUUCUUAAAAGUCCGUGAGAUAUUCUUUUUACAUGUGCAGAAGGUCGGUAACCAGCGUACUCCUUAGCACAUAAAAAGCCAGAUUUUCUCAUCCUUUUCCUUAUUAUGCCUGGGUGAGCAUUGGCAAAUGCUCCUAGCAAUUAGUCUUAACAAACAUAUAACGUACAAGUAUGACUAUCAUCUGGCUUGCUUAUGGUCCGUUUCGUUCCGCCCUGCCCAGUUCUAGGUCCCGUUUCAUUGUUACUAAACCGCUACACGGUAACUUCAUUCAUUGUGAAGACACUUACUAUCAGCUCACGCAUCAGCACUUUGGUUCCUAAUUUCCGUUUUUUUUUGAAAUCGGCCCCUUUGUCGCACAAUUCAGCAGAGAAGAGUGGCAGCAUGUCGUGGGCACUCCUUAUGUACUUAUUUAUCCCUUGUACUUUUCUCAGUUUGAUGGCCUAAACUUGUCGGUCAAUCUGGACAUUUUAACCCAUGCCCUUCGCCAACGACGGAGACCGAAUACCGAAGGUUCACGAACCACCUCCAUGUCUUGACGAACUAUGUCGAGCCUGGUUUUGAGUUGAUCCCUCCUUCGACACCUCCAACGGGGUAACGGUGCCGGAUCGAAGGCAGUAACACUGAGCUCCUGAGGCGCACGACGAAGAACAUGCCCAAAUCACCUCAGUCAUCUUUCUUGGAUGGCCUGGGUUAUCCUUGCGAUGUCGCAGCGAGCGCGGACUGUCUCAUUUAAGAUGAAGUCGGUGUACUUCACUCGAGGGAUGGUCUUCGAGUGGAGGUGGUCAAAUACCCCCAGUAUUUGCUCGUCCUCCACGCGCACAACCCAGCAUUCACAAUCAUAAAGAAGGACAGACGCACGGUACAUGUGAAUCUUAGUGGCGAUGGAGAGGUCGCGUCGGAUCCAUAGGCAUUUUUCAAGGCUUGAGAAAACCCGUCGGGCAGCAUCAAUUCGGGCGACGAUAUCAUCCUUACUCUGGCCAUUCGGCAGCAGCCUCGCCGCGAAGUAUUUAAAACUGUCUAUAUCUUCAAGUUGACAGCCAUCAAUCCUGAGGGGUGUCUUCUGGUCAGGGAUGCUGCUUGAAAACACUUUAGUCUUCCCAGCGUUUAUGGAUAAACCGGCCGACUUAGCUACCUCGUUCACCCAUGACACCAUAGACUGCAAAUCACCAAAACUCGGAGCAAAUAAUCAUUGUUAUCGGCAUAGUCGAGAUCUGUCGGUGGACAACCUUUCGAAGUAAAGCCGUUUGCAUUUGGAUGUGUAUCCAGAAGCAACCAAACACUGUAUCUGCAUUGGAUAUACCUCCUUCACUCUUCCUUCCCUCAUUGUCAUAGUGGCUUGUUCGAGUCAGGCCGACUGGGAUGACACUGGAGGCAGUGGCUGACGUAAUGCAAGACACCUUCUAACGCCUACCACAUCUGGUCAGACCUCACAAAAACGAGGGGCCACGUAAAGACCAUGUUUAAGAAGCAACCAUUGCAGGUUGCUCUUCAAAGAAUAACCGACUUAUCCGUCAGUUGACAGUCUUCCAAUCCAUGACAUUUAUUUCGUCAGGAUAGCUCUCGAUAGUGAGGGAUGCGCUCAUUCAACGCAAUGGUGGAUUCCCCAUUCCCAGCCUCUCGCUAAUUUGCCAUAUGUCCAUUCCAGUUGUGGUGUUCAGUGCAUAGUCGCCGGUAAAUAGGUCACGUAUCCUCUCCAUGGGCGUCUCUGUGACAGCCUGCUUAGGAAGAAUCACACACAGUUUCCUUUCAGGCCGGUGUUAAGUGCCAGUUGCCUGAUCGAUCUUCUCGGUAGCCUUCCACCAACAUUGUAGGGAAUACGAGACUGAGGAGGUUCAAUGCGGAGUCACCCCUUUUGUUACCGCAAAGGCCUCAUAUCUGCGCGAAUUGUCCGUCAUGUACCCUAUCGUGAGGAUGCCUGACCACGUUAUCAGGGGAGCUUUGGUUGCCAGAAGUCUUUGACUCAACUGUUACAAGAACCUUCGGGCCGAUGUUUAUGACUUUAAUAGUAGUGAAAAUGCGAUUCCCAGGUGGCAUAUCAAAAGAAAAGGAGGCGUUCACCGGGAGAGGUGUAUUGGAAGUCUGACGUUUCGAGUAGUCGUUUCUUCUACCCAUCCUCAGAGACUGAGAAGUCAUGCACACAGCUUUCCUUAUAUGGCGCACUUUGUUUUUAUGACUAUCCUCACUCCGCAUUUCCUGUGAUUGUUAGGUUAUUUGAUGGGGCAAUUUAUGCUUUAACCUUCCAACCAUUCUUUUAUGUGCCGUAUGUGUGUAUGCGUUUUGUGGUCCCACUUUUGCACUUUUCUGUUUUCACUUCUUCAGGAAUACCUCUUGCUCUGUUGCCAAAAAGUCUUCUACAUGCGGCCGGGCCUCAGUGUGCCGAGUUACCUAUUAGAGACCGAUGGAUACGACAGCAGCGGUGGCCUGAUUGACAAGCCUGGCAAGAACGUCGACCCCUACCACACUUGCUACGCCCUGAGUGGUCUCAGUGUGGCGCAGCACACCCCGCGUCAGCCCCCCGCGCAAAACUCCUCGCCGGAUAAUGAUGAUGGCGAUUCCACUCCCCUUCCCCAUACUCACUUCAAUCCCUCACCUGCCAAGGAUGUCGCCGGGACUGAGUGGGGCAACGAACUGGCCGAUCUGGAUCCUUCCUUUAAUAUUGCUUUUGAUGCUGUCGCCUUCACCACUACCUACUUUGCCGAGCUGGACGCCGGAAAGUCGACCAUCGAGGCAGCUAAGGCGGCCGAGGCUGUGGCGGAGCCGAGUUGCCUUGUAAGCAAUGUGGAAACGGUGCAGGGGCCAGAGGACGCUAACGGACUCUCUUUCAAUGAGGCGCAUGAGGAGUAUCCACGGGACCCACCUCAGAUCUGUACAUCACCUUGA